GUACCUAGCUCAUUUUAAUUAAACUUUCUAGACGGUCAUACCUACACCUUAUUUAAGUAUUGCCCGCAACAUCAUGGGGUUGAAAAAUUUGCUUACGCCGGUAGUGGGUCUGCUGUUAAUUGUGAAUUUCGUAACUGCCAUUCAAUGGGACUUCGAGUUUGGUAAAAAGCAGCUUGUGAACGCUGCCAAAAUUUACGAAAAAGAGGGCACUAUUAAUUUAUUCUCAUAUCGCAAUUUUUAUUCGGUUACCCUGCCGGUGGGCAUGCAGGUCUCAUACGUCAGAGUAACAGUGUGGAGUCUCAGCCCUCCAAAAGUAGAUUAUGAUGAGAACACUAACACCGUUUCUAUCGUCUACUCUUUCAUACAAAUUACACUCAGCACAUUCAAAAUACAAGUCGAAGGUGUUCCCUUCUAUCUUGGCUCUAGUGACGCCUCCCAUGUAUCCCUUAGCAGCGGUGAACCCUCGAGUAAUGAAGUAAAGGGUUAAUACUGAAGCUUAAAAAUAUUUUUCAUCUCAUCGGUCUUUUUUUAAAAGGGUUCACCGACGGUGCACAAAUAACAGUUUCUGGUAGAGAGUGGAACUCCACAUAUUCACCACACAAUUCGGCAAUUGUAUAUAUUUUAAGGUGCAAAAAUGUAAGCAUAUCUUUGACGUCGAGUACAUUAAUUAUUUGGGUUCAUUAAAAGUGUUUUUAUCAUUGUA